AUGGAUGAAUCUGCGGCUGGGACAUCGCUCUGCUCUGCACUACAUCUAGGCGAUAAUAAAGUCAAAUACAAAGAAAACACUUUUACUGCCAAAGUCGAGAGUGGGACACUUAAGGUGAAGAUCCUACGACAAGAUCAGAAACCUGUAGACAAUGGGGUGGACACUUUGUCCUCUACCACGUCCACUAAGACAAGAAAACGACGAGCAACGAGACAACCACAAUUAAUCUCAGACUCACCACCAAAACCAAGACCUAAUAGGAAACAUGUACCCAUUUUCUAUGAGCCGCAGUUUCGUCAACCUAUUAAGCAGAGAGGUGGCCACAGUAGCUCCAUGGAUGAUUCGAUGAGGACCCGUGCGACCUCGUCCACAGAGGAAUCUGCAGCUUCUGGAACAACCAAGUCGACGUCAUCUACAACAUCGAAGUCUGUAUCACAAUUGCCGGACGUGAGAUUCUAUACGAAGAAUAAAAAAGGCGUAGACCUACCGCCAAAGAUGAAUCAAUUGCUUGUCCGCAAUGAUACUGAAGGACAAGAGGUGCUGAGCGAACUACUGCGAUCGUACUUCCCUUCUUCAGGAUCAAGUGGACUUCACAGCCUUCCAGUAGGAGGGACACAACCAGCAGAAACGUCGUCGUGUGCAGGGCAGCUGGAAGACCAGACCAUCGGACUAACGUCGGCGCUACACCAGCUAGCGUCGUCCUCAGCAUUGUAUCGCUCUGCGCUGAAUGAAUUAUCUACGGGUGCACGUGUGCAACCGUCGACUUUAUCUUCAGCUGGUGAACAUGCUGCCGCUAGCAACAUUUCGGCAUCUUCGACUAUUACGACGACAUUGGCAAAAACAUCGGAUACGACGCACAGCAGGACAAACGAAGGUAUGAAAAACUAUUGGUUUGAUCCACUGUCUGCAUUGCAGACAGCGAUUGACCAUGCUCGACGUGCGUCAUCAGCGUGUCAAAGCGUGAAUCAGCAAAAUGACAAGCAUCGCGAGAGUGAGAGUACAAACAGCAGCGCUCGCGUCUACAGACUUGAGCCGUCAAAUUUCUAUGCGACAACACACAACAAUGGAAACACUUCGACAGAGACAAGACUAGGGGCGCUACCAGAUUUUUCUCCAUCUCUUACUGUACAGAAUUCGCUCUUGGGAGGUGGAAUUCAACAUCCAAGUUAUUCCAAGUUUCCUGUAAAUGUUGAAGGCAACAACGUGUCCGAUAUGGCGGAUAGCACUAAGGCCACAGUUACCGCGCUUGGACCGCCACCGGAUGCCAUUCCAUCGUUUUUGCUCCAAAACUCACUUACGGGCGGAAGCAUGUCGAUGCUGGACCUUCCAAGAACACACCCUAGCCUGGACAGACCAGGGUCAUUGACGAGUUUGAUCAACCUAGGAAAUGAGACGGCCAAAGACCUGAACAGCGUACCGAAAUUUGGGCUAAAGACGCAUCUUAGCCUGGAUAGACGACUAGUUUCAAUCACAAGUUCGGCCAGCGAGGAUAGUGGUAGUGGCAAAAGCAUGAGUAUGACGGCGUCUUGCCCCACAUCAGACACAAGUUCUACUUCUUCACACACUAUCCAGGAUACAGUAAGCAACGGGGCGGUCGAUUUAGGCCCACCACCGAGUAGUCCACCAGCCUUCACGAUCGGAAACUCGCUUAUGGGAGGAGGCAUAGAGCUGCAACCUGCUGCUGCGAACGUCAAUACGCACAACUUUGACUGGAAGCUGCACAGGGCCGUACCAAACACUAGCGAAGAUGCAACUUUUAGCUCGGAAAUUAGCAGAGAGAUCAGUUAUGCAUUGCGGGCACGGCUUGAGCGAUCACUGAUUUCAUCUGAAAACAUCCUGGACAAAGCAUAG